ACGGAUUUGAGAACUAGACUUUGAAAUUUUGGGUAAAAAUGAAGGUUUUUGCAGCAGAUCCAUUUGCUCUGUUGUUGCUGCUGAAGACAUUUGCUUUGUUGCUGUUGCUGCCGAAGCUUGUUGCCAAAUCCAUCUCCUCUGCUGCUGCUGAAGCCAUCUACUCUGUUGUUGUUGGAUCCAUCUACUUUGCUGCUGCUGCCGAAGCCAUCUGCUCUGCUACUGCUGGAUGCAUCUACUUUGUUGCUGCCGAUCCAUCUACUCUACUGCUGUCGGAUCCAUCUGCUCUACUGCUGUGGUCGGAGCCAUUUGCUGCUGUUGUCAGAGCCAUCUGAUAUUGAUGGGUGGGGGAUGGGGAUCCUCGCGGGAAACGGUGAAGAAGGGUAAAAUCCACCCCCAUAAAAAAUCCUCGCGGGGAUCCCAGUCCCUGUGAUCGCGGGGACGAGGAUGAGGAGGGGCUCCCCAGUCUUGUGUGGACUCGUUGACAUCCCUCUGCAUAUAUUGAUCAUUUGAUAUUAAGCAUUAAUUUUAAGAUAAUGGAAUAAAAUUGGUCUAUGAGU